UUCUAUUUAAUUUGUAGUAUGAAAAGGAACAAGCACUACACUCUUCAUGAUGCACUGGAGGCCAUCAUGGGAGAUGAUAGUGAGUUUGAGGGAUGUGACGAUAGCUCAGAUGAAGACCCUGAUGACCCUCUUUACAAUCCCAAUAGUCAAGACAGGGAGAGUGACGAGUCAAGUGAGUGUGGUGAUUCAGACAGUAGUGAAUCAAGUACAUCAGAUGAUGUACCACAACCAAACGUGAAUUCAGGGCAGCAAAAUACAUCCGUCCUAGGUAAAAAACAAGAAACUGUCCAAGGGAAAACACAAUUGUCGUGGAGGAACAAACCUUUUGAAGCCCCUGAGUGUACAUUCAAAGGACCACAUGUAACACCUCCAGACAAUCUUCUUAGUCCUCUGGAGUACUUCAGAAAGUUCAUAACACCAGAAAUGCUUGAGUUACUAAAGGAACAAACAAAUUUGUACAGUGUACAAAAAUCUGCACAUCACAACAAUGUUAACACCACUGUAAAAGAACUAGAAAUACUGAUUGGCGUCUACCUGCGCAUGGGUCUUUGCCAACUGUCGGGAAAUCGUGCAUACUGGGAAAAUGACACAAGGUGUCCCAUGGUGGCUGACGUCAUGUCACGUAAUCGUUUUCAGAACCUGCUGGCAACUCUGCAUUUCAUUGACAACACUGAUGUAUCAAACAGGCAAGCUGAAGAUAAGUGUUGGAAGAUCCGGCCAUGGCUGGAUAUGUUUCGUAAACAAUGCCUGGAUAUCACCCCGGAAGAGCACAACUCUAUCGAUGAACAAAUGGUGUCCUUCAGAGGGACACACAGCCCAAUAAGACAGUAUGUUAAGGGCAAGCCCCACCCUUGGGGUUUGAAAAUUUGGAGCCGCUGUUCUGCCUCAGGAAUCCUCUGUGAUUUUGCAGUCUAUGAAGGUGGCACCAGUAAAAAAUCUUCACUUGGCAUGGGAGGUGAUGUUGUCGUCAAGCUUUGUGAAACUCUCCCAUCAGACCACAACUACAAAGUAUUUGCCGACAAUCUUUUCUCUUCAGCACCACUGGUGCUCAACCUUCUUCAACGAAAGAUCUACUUUGUAGGAACUCUGCGCGCCAAUCGCUUGGCCGCGUGUCAGCUUGAAGACGAGAAAAGUCUUGCCAAGAGAGGCAGAGGAUCUGUUGAUUCCAGGGUGGAAAAAGAAGAAAGCAUGGUCAUUGUCAAGUGGUAUGACAAUAAAUCUGUUAUACUGAUCUCAUCAUAUUGUGGAGUUGAGCCUCAAGACAAUGCUCAACGCUGGAGCAAAGCAGACAAGGCCUUUGUGGAGGUCAGCAGACCACACAUUGUGAAACAAUACAAUACAUUCAUGGGCGGGGUGGACCUCCUUGAUGCAUGCAUUGCAAGGUGCAAGUACCACAUGAGGUCACGGAGGUGGUACAUCUACUUGUUCUGGCACACCAUCAUGUUAGGUCUGGUUAAUGCAUGGUUGAUCUACCGCCGUGACUGCAAACUACUUGGUGUGCAAAACACACUGAAACAAAGGAGGUUCCAGGCAGAGGUUGCCACUAGCCUCAUUCUUUGGCAGGCACAAAGAGGCCGCCCAUCACUCAGUGCCACAUCUCCACCACCACCACUGCCCAAGAGGAUUCGUGUUGGAGUUCCAGAUGAUGUUCGCACUGACCAAGUCGCACAUUGGCCUGUGAAACAUGACAAACGUGGCCGCUGCAAACUCUGCAAAAUCAAUGCAACCACCACUCUGUGUGAGAAAUGUGAUGUGCGUCUUUGCUUCACUGAGGAACGAAACUGUUUCAAGUUAUACCAUCUGGCCUAGGCUAAAUGGCUAAAGAUAGUUUACAGACCUAAGUACUGAGAAAAUGUUCCAGACAUGGUGCUGAUUAUACGACAGUUUAAUUUCUCUUCAGCAUUUAAGUUUCUUUUGCACAAUUUAUGUUUUAGGUCUGUUGUUCAGU